AUGGGUGUCACAGUCGAUUCAGUCAGUCCAGGAGAUGGUAAAACAUUUCCAAAGAAAGGUGAUACAGUCACCAUGCACUACCACGGUACUUUGCUCAACGGACAAAAGUUUGACUCUUCCGUUGAACGUGGACAACCUUUCCAAACAAAGAUCGGUGUAGGACAAGUGAUCAAAGGUUGGGAUGAAGGCGUUCCACAAUUAUCUCUCGGUCAAAAGGCAAAAUUGACUUGCACUCCUGAUUAUGCUUAUGGUGCAAACGGUUAUCCACCUGUCAUCCCUGCAAACUCUACUUUGGUUUUCGAAGUUGAAUUGCUCAAGAUUAACGGUAAAGGUCUUUAA